AGCAGCAUCAACAUCCUAGCUAACCCUGACACCAAAAAUAUGCCAAGAAUUGCGGGGAAAUUCAGUCAACAAAUUCAGGGCUGGACCAUGUGGUGAUGAGCGGUAUGCCAUGCAGAGGAGACACAGCAGCAACACGGAUGGCAUGCCCUCUGAAAGGAGUCGAAGCCAAACUCUGGGAUCAGAGAGCAGCCUGGACGAGGGUGGCGUGUUUGACUGCCUGAAGCCCGACUCACCCGCCUCACCCCAGCAGAUUUUCUCCGGCCUGGUCGGCGUCCCCUCCGGCUCUGUCUCCUCUGCCCAGUUCCAGGCGGCCGGCUUAGUCCUGGGCUCUCCCCCUGAAGUCUUUAUCCAGAUGACGGCAUCGUCCAGAGAGGAAGGAGGCCCCCACCGUACGGAGGGCGGACCUUUUCUCCCUCGGCCGCCCCCGCACCACCAUCACCUACACCACCACCACUUCCACCACCAGCCCCUGCAGCACAGGACCUCCUCUCUGCUCCAGCAGGCCACUUCGGGUGCCGGCUCAGAGAGGCACAGCUCCAGGGAGGAGGCCCAGGAAGACCCAUCCACUCCGGCCCCAGCCCUGUCUGAGCUGAAGGCAGUGGUCACUUGGCUGCAGAGAGGCUUCCCCUUCAUCCUCAUUCUGCUGGCUAAAGUCUGCUUCCAGCAUAAGCUAGGUAUUGCUGUGUGUGUGGGCAUGGCCAGCACAUUCACCUAUGCCAAUUCCACGUUUAGGCACCAAGUGGCAUUACGGGCGGAACGUUCUGUAUUUGUUGCUCUGUGGAUCGUCCUGUUCCUUGCAGGGAACAUAGUGUAUAUCUACUACACAUUUAGUCAUGAGGAGCUGCACAACAGCCUCAUAUUCGCCAAGCCCAACCUCAACAGCUUUGACUUCUUUGAUCUGAUCUGGGCCGUGGGCAUCACCGACUUUGUCCUUAAGUACUUCACCAUCGGCCUGAAAUGCUUAGUCCUCUUUUUGCCCAAGAUUCUCCUGGCCUUCAAAUCCAGGGGUAAGUUCUACCUGCUGAUCGAGGAGCUGAGCCAGCUGUUUCGGGCCCUGGUGCCCAUCCAGCUGUGGUACAAGUACAUCAUGGGAGAAGACCCGUCCAGCAGUUACUUCCUGGGAGCCACACUCAUCAUCAUCUACAGCCUCUGCAAGUCCUUCGACAUCUGCGGACGAGUGUCUGCCAUCCGCAAGGCCUUGGUCAUGCUCUGCAGCUCCCAGAGUUACGGAGUGAGGGCGGGCAAUCAGCAGUGCAGCGAGGUGGGCGACGUCUGUGCCAUCUGUCAGGCUGAUUUCAGAGACCCCAUCGCCCUUCUCUGUCAGCACGUGUUCUGCGAGGAGUGCCUGUGUUUGUGGUUCGACCGGGAGAGAACGUGCCCGCUGUGUCGCUCCACCGUCAUCGAGACCCUGCGAUGCUGGAAGGACGGCACCACCUCGGCUCACUUCCAGAUCUACUGAGCAUCGCGCGCACCGCCGGGAGAAGAUGUGGUUGUGCUGUGUUGCGGGUUAGACAACGGUGUGUCAUCUUUUGCUGUUCAUCUUAGUGCGGUAACUCUUUAAAUCAGGGUAAGAAUAGUAACAUACAAUAUGUUGGUCACAUUAAUUUUCAGUGUGGACAAGUUGAUCACAUUGGUGGUAGAUGCACAAACCAAAUGAUCAACGCGGUAUCACUUAAAAUAAACACAUAAAUCUUGGACUAUUGUCAGUUUUACAAUUGUGCCAUUCUCAUAUUUUUAUGGCAUCAAUAUUUUUUUGUGUACAUGUACACUAAGCCAAUGUUGUUGAAUGAACAUUUAUUUUACACUAAACACACGAUAAAAGAAUGUUCCUAUGAUUUAGUGUGGUGAUAAUGUAAAUAGUCACACUUUCACUCUCUAUUUGUGAUAAAUUGGCAACUUGUUUUUGUAUAUUUUAUCAUUUCGUCAUAUCUGUCUACUGUCUACUGUCUGUAUUACAUUUUUUUAUUUGAUGAUUAAUUACAUUUUCCUUUGGUUUUUAGUUUCAAGUUUUGCGAUAUUCAUUUUGAAACACCCUUUGAACACAACCAAAUGUCGCAGAACGACCGUAAGAAAAAAAAAAAAAAAAAAAAAUCAGUCUGUAGCUAAAAAAAAGUUAUUAGUCAGCAACAAUAAGGUUAAUUAGAUACUGAGUAAUGAACGUCUAUUUCUUGUGUGUCAGCAAGGCACCGAAAUCACAGCAUUUUAUCGAAUCUUAUCAAGCGUGGUGCUGACGUUGAAGUCUGAAGGACUUUCUUUUGCAUACGUUGCUCAUUUUCCUUUUUAUUGAGUGGGAGAUCAAGUCUGAUAAGAUUCCAUGUUACAAUUGUCAUUUCAUUGUUAUUCAAAAUGAAUAUUGUCAAUAUGAAUCAUUUCCUUUUAGAAUAGUCAUUAUUGGUUUGCAUUAAAAAAACAAAAACACUAUGACUUACAUGCAGAAGGCAUAGCAGUGUGGAUGUUUUCAGUUUUCAAUUAAA